AUGGACGACAUCACCGUGCAUGAACCAUUGACAGAAAAUACUGAAAUGCAAGAACUAGACGACGAAAAAGACACACGGAUAAUCGACAAAGUCUCGGAAAUUCUUAUUGAAAGAAAUAUGCUUUGGCAAUAUGAUGACGUCAUUGAACGAGAAGUCAAAAGAUACCUAAAAGAAAAUAAAUAUCCAACAGAGAGGUUGUUUGAAAUAGCGACUGAACGACAAGAAGAAAGUAAAUACUGGACAUUACUUGCAUUCCUAAAUGUACGAGGUUUGGGAACUCACACUGACGACGAAAAGGCGUUUUACUGGUAUCACAAAGCUGCCUCAGAGAUCAACGAUCGACUUGGACUCCAAGAAACUGGCGUCUUCUACUCCCACGGCAAAGGCGUAAAAUACGAUCUCGUCGAAGCAAAUUACUGGUUCAAAAAAGCCGCCGAUUGUAACAUGGGAAUCGCGCAACAUCGAUUAGCCCAAAAUUAUUUCCGUGGCAAUGGAAUAGAGGUUGAUAAUGCCGAGGGAUUAAAGUGGCUUUUAAAAUCGGCGGAUGUAGGGUUUGCUGAAGCAAUGGAUCUACUCACUGACCUGUAUUUAGUCGGUGACUAUACCAAGAAGGAUGAUCGAAUUGCGCUUUUUUGGGCAAAAAGGUCGUAUUAUGAGCUUGGUUCUCGAAUCGGACUUGCUAAUUUGAUGACUUGUUAUCAGAAGGGGUAUGGUACUUGUAUGGAUGUGCAUAAAGCUAUUUUUCUGGCUGUUCAUGCGAAGCGAAACGGUCAUGAUGUCUAUUUACGUAAACUUUCGAAAUUGUUUCAUAAUUACUUUUGA